GAGGCCACCAGACAACCUUGCCGCUGCCUGGCUGACUUCUCCUUCCUCUCUUCUAUGUCAAGAGCUUCACAGGAGCUGUUCGUAUGCGCCGCGGGACUACAGGGGCCACACCAAGAUGGAGUCCUUCAGCUCCCGUAACCUGGCCCUACAGGCCGAGAAGAAAAUUCUCAGCCGCAUGGCCAGCAAAUCCAUGGUCAACAUGUUUAUCGACGACACCAGCAGCGAGAUCUUGGAUGAGCUGUACCGCGUCUCCAAGGAGUUCACGCAAAACCGGAAUGAAUCCCAGAAGGUCAUCAAGAACCUCAUCAAGGUGGCCGUCAAGAUCUCCGUCCUCUACCGCAACAACCGCUUCAGCGACCAAGAGCUCAGCUUAGCGGAAGAUUUCAAACAGAAGCUGCACCACGGGGCCAUGACGGCCAUCAGCUUCUACGAGGUGGAGUUCACCUUUGAGAACGCCAUCUUGGCCCAGCUCCUCCACGAGUGCCGGGACUUGCUGCUGAAGCUGGUCGAGAAACAUCUGACGCCCAAGUCUCACGGGCGCAUCCGCCACGUCUUCGAUCAUUUCGCCAACACGGAACUCCUCACCCUGCUGUACAGCCCCGGGGAACCUUACCAGCCUCGCUUGAAGAAGAUCUGCGACGGGCUGAACCGGCUGAUUGACGAAGGGAAAUUGUGAAGCCGGCAGAAGGAAGGAAGGGAAAUGCUGGAAUGCAAAUAUUGGCCAAAUUUCUGACAGACACAGACUUCCCAACUGGAAAGCCAUACAAGGCCCACUCCACAGUGAGAGGCUAACAGAACAUAAGUCAACUGCUGACCCUCGUGGUGGAUGGACUCCUGUCCAUGGCCACCACCAUGGAGAUUGCAUACCCUGGCCAGUGGCAUCCACAGAAUUUCAGAGUAGGGCAUGGCUCCGCAGAAGACCCACCCCCAGUUUCUAGAGGCCAUGCCCAACCCUCCUUUCUGGGGCUUUGGGACCACUAGCAGCCUUUCUGCAUGCCAGCUCAUCUUUGUGACCCCUAAGGACUAGAAACUUGCAAUGCUGUUCCAAGAGAGAGCUGAGAUUUUGACAAACAUGCUCAAGUGAGGGGCAGGGAGCGAGGAACCAAUCUCUGGAUGGGGAACCCUGCCCUUCUAGCUCUGCUCUAAAAUUUUCCUGCAUCACCACUGGUUAGAAGACAUGUAUCUUGUUUUAUAUUUGUAUUUAGCUAACAUUUACUUUUAUGAUGUUCAAAGCGGGAGCCGGGGGCAAGGUGAGAGUUACCCUCUCUUACUAGGCCACAUUUUGCUUUUCCUACCAAGCUGUGGAUGCUUGAAAUAUUCCCUUCCCCUUCACCAAAGUUAGUUCCAAGCUGACACUAGCCAAGGCCUUAGCUCAACAGGUAAAGCGUCUGCUUUGCACUCCAGCAUCCCCUAUUAAAAGGACUGCACUGGGAAAGACCUUUCUCUGUCUGAAAUCUUGCAGCCAAUAUUGGGCCAACACCGAUCCUGUGUUGGGCAUCUUCACUGGAGAUUCCAUCCCUGCAGCUAGAAUAGCCUAUUAGCUGUCUGUGCCCCACACUCUGGCUACCAGAGGCAUGCCUGCCCUAUUUUGGUGUCCCCUCCACCAAUCUUUGGAGGAAAUGAUGUCAGCUGGCCACACCCUCCCAUCACUUCCGUGAGUAUCCCCAGCUGCCCAUUUUGUUUUGAAGGCCAAGGAAGGGGAGGAAGUGCCCCGAAUGGGACAGCAGGAGUAAUCUGGUUCCAGGAGACCUGGAAGCGGUUGGGGAGGGCACAGAGCACACGCUCCGAUGCCGGAGCCCGUUUCGGACAUUCUCCUAGUUAAACCUACAUUCAGGGGGCGCGGAAGGCAGAGCAUAGCCAACCAGGGAAGUCACAGAAACUUUUUCAGACGUAUUUCUGGGCUAUUUCCAUGCCCUUUCUUUGGGGAGGGAACGGCUGGACAUCUAAGUCGCCAGUAAUGGAAUGUAACUCCAAGCUGGCCAUUUUUUCUGGUUGCGAGAAAAGCGGAGAAGCACAUUGCUAUUGCCUAGCCUGAGUCAUGGGCCCUGGUGGGUGCUAAAGCACUGGGUGAUGAUUAUGCGCUGUGGUUGCGAUGCAAAUACAAGGUGCCUCCCUCUCCUCUUCCCCAGAAUUAGAAAGGCAGGAAUGGAGUAAAUGCGAAAGAAAGUAGCACGGAAAACAGAAUCUCAUCCGGGAUAGCCUGGUCCAAUGGCUAAAUGGUCAGCACCCUGGACAGCUCUCCCCUCCCCUCCUUGGCCCACAGGAAAUCUGUCUUCCCCCCUUCAGGCAGGGUGCCAUCUCAGGGAUACUUGCCAGCCAGAUUCCUCCCUUAAAAUCUGCCUCAGGGAUUGCAGAGACUGAAAAUAAACGUUUCGCUCUCUUCUGUUUUUCUUACAAAGA